UGGACAAGAGUAUCUAUUCUUGUCAGCAGCUUCGGUCUUCACAUUGUAAGUUUAGGGAUGGUUACUUCGUUCUGUGUUAUGUACAGCGAAUUACGGGAUCAAUUCGGAUCUGGUGCUGCAGAAACCAGCUGGGUAGCUUCCCUUAGUUCCGGUCUGCUCCUAGUGAUUGGUCCUGCAGCAGGUAUACUAGAGAAGCGGUUUGGUUGUCGUGUGGUAGCUAUGACAGGGUCGACCCUGAUAGGUGUGGGUAUGGUCGCGAGCACAUUUGUUCCCUCUCUCUACUGGUUGUACCUGACAUAUGGCAUCAUUACAGGUGUCGGCUUUGGUAUGGUCCAUCUGGUGGCAACCGUGACGGUGAAUCUAACAUUUGAUAAACGUCGUUCUGUGGCGAUAGCGAUAGGCUCGUCCGGAUCUGGGUGUGGAAAUAUUGCAAUACCCUGGCUCACUACCGUGUGGCUUGAGGAGUAUGGCUGGCGACAGACCUUCCUCCUGCUGGCCGGUAUAGGCAUACAAGGACUCGUCUGUGGAGCCAUUAUUGGCAACGUCCAUACAAGUGGUGAAUCACAUGGAAAUCACCAGAAUGCUGAUCGUUUAUCACUCCGAGCAGUAGUGACUGAAGUACUGAAGACGAAAACUUUCCUUAUAUUCUCCGUAUCGGGCUUUUGUACAUCUUUGGCUUACUUUGUACCGUAUGUGAUGGUCCCAGAGUUGGCAAAGGCGAAGGGUUUAUCAUCUACUGAUGUGGCUCUUAUAUUUACUGUAUCCGGAGUAUCAAGUAUUUUAGGAAGAAUUCUGAUCGGGUUCAUCGUCGACAUUACACAUAUCAGCCGAAUAUGCACUCUGUCUAUUGCUUUGUUAAUUGGUGGAAUCUCCACGAUCGGUUGUGCGUUUGUAUAUGACAAAUGGCUAUUUAUUGCUUAUGGGGUCAUACUAGGAGUUUUCACGGGGACGUUCGGCUUUCUCCAGUCUGUCAUUGUUGUUGAUCUCCUUGGAACAAAAUUGCUGGGAAUAGGAUUUGGAUUUCUCACUCUAUUUCACGGAAUAGCUGUCAUCAUAGGUCCGCCUAUCGCAGGUUGGAUAUCUGACAUAACAAGCAACAACACCGUACCCUUUGUCUACGCCGGAUGUUUAUUUUGCCUGGGUUCUCUAUUUGCUUGUGCAAUUAAAACGCGAGCCGACUUCUGUGAAUCGAAAAAUGACAUGCGAACAGAGAGCCAAACAUCAUCUUACCAGGAUGGUGUUCCUCUUAAUCUAUAUCGCAGGAAUAACAACUUUGUAUUUGAUACCAAAUUAUGAUAUAUCAAAAAUCUAGAAAUUCAUGUAUAGGACAAUAACAUUUAUAAGUUUGAUUUCAGCAUAUCAUAGUUUUCUGUUUUCACUUGGGUGUCUUUGGGUGAAAAAAAGAACUCUGUUCUUGGCUGUUAUCGAAACAAGAGCAAUGUUCAUAUCUCCCUAACAUUGAGAACAAAGUACAGAACAUUUAAGAACAAGAACAGGAAAACCGAAGAUGGCGGCGCUGUGUAAAUGUUGAUUGUCAAACGUCUGUAUGUCAUUCAUAUUGUGUUCAACAAACAUCUUUGAUUUGGGAAAUUGCGGUACAGUUAUUCGAAAAAAGAUAUCUUAUCCUAGUUAAAAUAAGUCGUUCAGUAUACAAUGCGUUAGUUUAAGUCUUUUAAUCUCGCUAACUUUGUUUAAUUUGUUCGAUCUAGCUGAGGUAGUAUUGGUCGUUCAGUCUAUACUGAGAUAGCAUAAAUCGUUUAGUCUAGCUAACUUCGUAAACGUGGUUCAUUGUAAGCUGUGUAAGUAUAAGACGUUCUAUGUUAGGUUACUAUGAGUCGUUCAGUCUAACUAAGUUUGCUGGUUAAUUUGGUUUGGUUUAUUUUGUUAAAUGUCCUAUAACAGCCAGGGCCAUUUAAGGGCGUGCCAGGUUUUAGAGGUGGAGGAAAGCCGGAGUAUCCGGAGAAAAACCACCGGCCUACAGUCAGUACCUGGCAACUGCCCCACGUAGGUUUUGAGCUCAUGACCCAGAGGUGGAGGGUUAGUGAUAAAGUGUCAGAACACCUUAACCGCUCGGCCAUCGCGACGCUUACUGAGUUAGUCGUGCAGUGUAAUUGAGUCAGUAUAAAUGGUUCAGUCUAACUAAGUAAACGAAAGAAUAACCUAGUAGUCAAUGGUAGUCUUAAAAUGUCUUUACACAUACUGACUGAAGCAUGACAACAAACAUCCAUCUUUUAAAGAAUAAGGAAUAUUCCAAGUAUUUAUUGAAGUCAUGGUUGCUUUUUCAAAUUGUAUUGAUUUAUCAUAAUAUUUAUCAUGUUUCUCAAUUAAAUUAGACGAGUAUGGUUAGUUUGACAAUUCUAGAUAAAAAUUGUUGAUUUUUUAAAUAAAAUAGUUGAUAUUAAAUUUGGAUAUGUUAUCUAAUA